UACACUAGUAUUACUGCUUACUAAACCAGGAACAGCAAGAUGACUAACAGGAUGGAAUACUUAACUUUCUUCAAUGGACAGAAGAUGCCCAUUCUAGGGCUUGGAACAGCACAGGCAGUGGGAGAUGAUGUAGAGAAGGCAAUAGACAAAGCUCUAGAGAUUGGGUACAGACACAUAGAUACAGCCCAGAGGUAUAACAAUGAAGCUCAAAUUGGGAGGGCAUUGAAGAAAUGGCUUGAUUCUGGAAAAAUCAAGAGAGAAGAUCUUUUUAUUGUGACAAAGCUGCCAUCGACAGGAAACCGUGCAGAAUGUGUGGAGAAGCACCUGAAGCAAUCACUGCAUGACCUGCAGCUGGACUAUGUCGACUUGUACCUUGUGCACCAACCAACUGGUUACCAGGACGUGGACCCAAAGGAUAACGGAGGCAAAAUGUUGCUCGAUGUGAACACAGACCAUGUCAGCCUAUGGAAGGCGAUGGAGGCGCAGGUAGAUGCGGGUCGGGCCCGAUCUAUCGGACUGUCCAACUUCAACGCGAGGCAGGUAAAGCACGUGUGGCAGUUGGCACGCAUCAGGCCAGCCAACCUGCAGGUGGAACUGCACGUCUACUUCCAGCAGGCCGAGCUGCGUGCGUUCUGCCGGGCCCUUGACGUCACCGUCUGUGCCUACAUCCCACUGGGGGGGCCACACCGACAGCCUCCCAGCCACAAUGCAAAUGCUGCAGAUGCUAACAAAUUGUCGAACCAUAUUCAACUAACUAACCCAGUAGUUUCACAAAUCGCACAGAAGCACAGCAAGACAAAUGCCCAAAUACUGCUGCGGUACCUCAUUCAACUCGGCGUGGCAGUAAUACCAAAGAGCACCAACCCGGACCGUCUACAGCAGAACUUUGAUGUAAGUGUGUGCAGGCUCUCCCUAUUGGAUAUAAAUUCAACAGUUUGUGCAUAA